AUGUUGCAACCUCAGCAUAAGAAAGGCUUUUAUCCUUGUCGCCACCAAAGUACCAAACAGUCACCUGACAGACGUGACCUUCAAGUCGUGUUCACGCUUAUCUCCGCCUGCGUCGUCUUCAACCCGGGCAUACUCCGCGGCGGGUAUUCUGAGAGGCCGGAUUUCGGCUCUUGGCUCCUCGGCAACUGUAUGCUGGCCGCCACGACCAUCGGUCUCAUCCUGAUCGCAUGGGCCGAUGUCUCCUGA